GUGCCCAUGUGAGUCCAUGGACUGGGGUUGGGGUGAUGGUGGAGGCAUGGGGCUCUGUGUCUGCUACCACAUUCUUACACUCACUAUUGGCCUGUAACAAUUACACAACAUGGCGCACACUAUACGUUACUCAUUUUCCUCAAUAUCCUCAUUUUUCUGCGGUAACUCUUUAUUGUAGUCGCAGCCUCAGGUGAGGUGUAGCUCUCAAGGAACCUUUGCUGAAAGCUCAAGCUCCUCCCACUCCCCACAGUUCCUUGUGUUUAAUUGGUCGAGUGAAAGAGAGGUGGAGACUGGGCAGAGAACACAUAAACAGAGGUGAGGCAGACAACACAAUUAGCCUACUACAGGAACACCCCGAGGAUUCAGACUACUCACCCCAAAGACCAAAGAGGAGUUUGUGACCGAGAAAAAGAAGAGUUUAUAAUUUCAGACAAAGCAGGAACAAAAGCAGACAGAUCAAACAUGGCUCCAGUGCUCAGCUCCCAGUUGGACCUGUACCCUACAGAUCCUGUGCCUCUGGUCCACUUGGACUGGUCCCCUACAGAACCCCAUCCUCUGGUCCAGCUGGGCAUGUCCUCCACAGACCCUGAGCCUCUGGUCCAGUUGAGGAGGGUCUCAGUGGUGCUGGUGGACUGCUGUAGAACACAAGGACAGCUAGGGAAGGACAAAUACAGCAAGACAGGAGUUGGACAUCAAUGUACAGCAGAGAAACUCAUCAAGUGUGAAACAUGUGACGAGAGAUUCAAUCAAGUAGCAAGUCUCAACAAACAUACAGGAGAGAGACCGUUCCACUGCCCAGAGUGUGACAAGAGUCUUCCACAAAAGAAACAUAUCAAAAGACACCAGUGUGUUCGAACAGGAGGCAGGCUCUAUGAUUGCCCUCAUUGUGACAAAAGACAGUGUUAUUUUCGAUACACACGGGAGAGAAGGAACAUCUCAAACUUCUUAAAAACACCAGCGUAUACAUACAGGAGAGAGGCCAUACACAUGCACCCAAUGUGGAAAGGGUUUUUAGUGAGAGAAACCUUCAGGUACACCACUGUUCAUACCGAGAGAAUGUGA